AUGCAAGCCGAUUCCUCAACUCCCAAGGGCACUAUCAGAAAGCGUGUUACCUCUCGCAGUAACAACAGCAAUGCUGCUCGCGGUGGUAUCCCUGGUGGCAGCACAUCCAGCAUGAUGCGCAUCUACUCUGAUGACUCUCCAGGACUUCGCGUUGAUCCUGUUGUUGUUUUGGUUCUUUCCUUGACCUUCAUCGCAUCUGUGUUCGGUCUUCACAUUGUUGGCAGGUUCUUGGCUUAA